AUGGAGGACACCAAGAAAGUCUCAGAAACCAUUGGCGAGGGUAAGACAGUCCUCAGUGUCACCCCAAAACAUGACAAACCAUGGUUCCUUGUGCCACAUCUACUCAAGCUCAAUAUCUUUCUCAUGGCCGGAGUCCUGGCUCAGGUUGUCUCGGGCUUCGAUGGGAGUAUGAUGAACGGACUGCAAAGUGUUGUCGCGUGGCAGGAUUAUUUCAAUCAUCCAGCCGGUAGUCGCCUCGGAACAAUGUCGAAUGGUAUUACGAUUGGUACGCUGAUUGUCAUUCCAUUUGUGACCUUCUUGUGCAACUAUCUCGGGAGACGUCGAAGUAUCAUGCUCGGAUGCCUCAUCAUCAUCAUUGGUGCCGUUCUUCAAGGAGUGGCUCAGAACUUCUCCAUGUUUAUGGGUGCAAGAAUUCUCAUCGGUGUCGGAGGAUGUCUUGCCUCAACUGCGGCAUCCCCAUACGUGACCGAAUGUGCAUAUCCAACUCACCGCGGUACGAUAACUGCCAUGCUGAUUGCAUCCUGGCCGCUCGGAGCCUUCUUUGCAGCGUUGAUUACCUGGGGCACUUAUCAAUCUUCGCUUCAGACAUCGACCUGGAGCUGGCGUAUUCCUUCUAUUCUUCAAGGAUUCUUCCCCCUUAUCCAGCUCAUAUUGGCUUUCCUGGGACCAGAGUCUCCGCGUUGGCUUGUUGACAAGGGCCGUGAAGAGGAAGCGCGCCAAUUUUUUGUCAAGUACCACGCCGGGGGCAACGAAGACGAAGUCAUUGUCUCGCUACAGAUGGCCGAGAUCACCGCGACAAUUGAGCAGGAGAAAUUGCAAAAUCUCUCUAGUUGGCUCAAGUGGGUCCAAACCCCAGCAAUGCGCCAUCGAUUGUUCAUCUGCUUUUUCAUCCCUGCCAUGCUUCAACUCGAAGGAAACGCCUUGAUUUCCUACUACCUACACAUCAUUUUGGACAACAUCGGAAUCACAGACGCCGUUGCGCAGCUGAAGAUUAACCUUGGAAUUACCGUUUGGAGUCUUGUGACGUCUGUUGCUCUUGCAUCUAUCAUCGACAUGUACAAGCGACGCAAGGUGUUCCUUACUGGUCUCACUCUCCUGUGCCUUGUCUACACGAUUUGGACAAUUCUCUCUGCCCUUGCUCAGCAGUCAAACUUCCAGAAUCACGGUCUCGCCAUCGGUGUUGUCGUCAUGAUCUACCUUUAUCAGCCUUGCAACCUACCAGCCCUUAUCGGUAUUCCAUAUGUGAUGGAGAUUUGCCCCUAUAGCAUGCGCGCUACAGGUUCCAUGAUCUACCAGCUUUCUGGUAACAUCGCGGGCCUGUUUAACAAUUACGUGAACCCGAUCGCCAUGGAGGCAAUUACAUGGAAGUAUUAUAUUGUAUGGUGUGUCAACCUCCUUGUGCUAUGGGUAAUCGUCUAUUUCGCCCUUCCAGAGACACAUGGCAAGGAUUUGGAGGAUGUUGGUGAGGCAUUUGGAUCCGAUUMCCUCMCCGGASGAGCCGCUGUUGAACAUGCAUUGGCCGACAAAGGCGAGAAAGGCUUUCUAGGUGUUGAGGAAGAUCAUGUUGAGCGUAUUACUGAAAAGGACAAGACAGAAGCGCUAUAG